UACUUUUUAGGUUAUGAAUAUCUCGUAUUUUAUUUGGAAUUAAUAAUAAGAAAAUAAAUUUAACUGUUGAAGCUGAAAAUGUUGCGACAGUUUACUUGGAAUUUAAUUCAAAGCCGUGGUGUGAAACAGUUAGUGAACGUCAAAUGGAAAAGACCCGAUUACGUACCAGCCUAUAAACCUGAAAGAUCUGGCGAUUUAGAAAGCAAACCUGAAAUCCCAAAAUAUUCCCUUCCUGAGAAAUAUGCUCUAAGUGAGGAAAUAAAAGAUGCACCGGAGUUAGUGAAAAGAAUCUUUAGUGUAGAACAUCUGGGCAAAAAAGAACAUAACAACUUGGUCCGGAAGGAACUCAUAAACAGAGUUCGAAGGCACAAAUAUGAUGACAAUACAGCAGAAACUAGGAUUGCGAGAUUCACUGGUAUUAUCCGAUGCUUGCAGGAGACAAUGGAACAAUAUCCAAAACAUACCAAGGCCAAACAAGUAGUUCAAGAACUUAUUGACAAAAGGAAGAAGCUGCUCAAAUUCUUGCGUCAAUAUGAUUAUAAGAAGUUUGAAUGGUUACUUGAAAAGCUUAACAUUGAAUACAAAGGACAUCCUGAAUCAUUUCAUAAGCUAUCACGAAAGGAGUCGCUAAGAAAAUUAACAGAGAUGCACUGUGAUGAAAUAAGACAAAAGAAGCUGGAGGAUUAUAGAAACUUGCUCGAAAGUCAGCAGGGGCCAUUUCUGAAGGAGAAGCUGCAGGCUCUGAAAUUCAUCAGAAGUGAGCAAAUAGAGUUACAGUUACCUAUUACAGUUACCGAACAACAUAUUAAGAAAGUUGAGGAGCAGCUGGAAGAAUGGAAAGCAAAAGACGAAUUGAAACAGCAGGCAAGAAAGAAGAAGAGACAUAUACUUUUGGAUUAGAAUAAUAUUAUUUUAAAACAAUAAAAAUAAUAGAUUAUGUA